GACUGAUAAUAAAUAGCUCAUAUAUGUUUUUGUGUAUUUUUUUGGUUGUCAAACAAUGCUGUAUGGAAACCAAUCCGAAUUUGAGCUAGUGAUUUUGUAUAUUUAAAUCAAAUUAAAUUCUGGUAUUUGUUUCAGUUAGUCAGCCAGAAAGCCAGCCCGACAACUAUGGAAGUAUUGCAAACCAGCAAUUAUUACAUUUUUGUGAAAAAUGAGAAAACAUUAUGGUGGAAUCGGACAACAUCUGAAUUCUCGAUUAAAGCUGGCUGGGACUUAUCUUCGGUGGAUGACAUAGAGUGUUUAGGACGAUGUGAUGGAAUCAUAGGAGUGAUAAGCCUGCCUGGUGUAUUGGAUUCGCCUAUUUUAUUAAUAAUCAAAGAGUCAGCUUCCGUUGGAGCAAUUUAUGGAGCACAGUUAGUGUACAAAAUUAAAAGUAUUUGCAUGUUGAGCAAUGAAGAACCAGAUUGCGAGUUGACUAUAUGUCCAAAACACAGGAUGAAAAAUUAUACAGGUACAACGAAUUCAUCGAAGGGACGUUUAUUUGAUGGUUCACAAUUGGUGAACAAAACGUGGGGUGCUGUCAAAAUUGCUGGAAGUACAAUAAAAACAACUACGCAGCAAGCGGCUGCUUUGGCUACCAAUCAAAUUCGCUCUAAACGAGUUGCUAAAGAUCAACGAAAAAUCGAGAAACAAAUAUUAGAUGAAAUUCACAAAAUAUUCGAUGAUUCAGAUAGCUUUUAUUAUUGCCCCGAUGCCGAUUUUACGAAUAAUUUACAACGUAGAGAUGCACAGGAGUAUGACGACCGAUUCUUCUGGAAUAAAAAUAUGCUCAAAGAUGUUUUAAAGUUGAAUGAUAACGCAUGGGUACUACCGGUCAUCCAAGGAUUUGUGCAAUUGGAACACUGUGCAAUUGGCGAUGAUCACUUUAGCUUGGCUCUGGUCUCUAGACGUUCACGUUUCCGAGCUGGUACAAGAUACAAACGUCGUGGUAUUGAUGAAAAUGGACAUGUUGCAAAUUAUGUUGAAACCGAGCAAAUUUUAUCAUUCGGUGAACAUCAAAUGGCGUUCUUUCAAGUUCGAGGGUCUAUUCCGGUUUAUUGGAGUCAACCUGGCUACAAAUAUCGGCCACCGCCUCGUAUAGAUCGAGACGACAACGAGACGCAGAUUGCAUUUGCUCAACAUUUCGAUGAGGAAUUGAAGAUAUACAAAUCCAUUUGCAUAAUUAACCUAGUUGAACAAAGUGGCAAGGAGAAAAUCAUGUUUGAUGCAUAUGGAAAUCAUGUAGUGAAAUACAACAACGAUCAUCUGAUUUACGUCACGUUCGAUUUUCAUGAAUAUUGCCGCGGGAUGCGUUUCGAGAAUGUUUCAUCGCUGAUUGAGGCUCUUGCCCCGGAAGCUGUUAAGAUGAGCUUUCACUGGCGUGAUGCCAAGGGGCCGAUUUGUAAUCAAAAUGGGGUUUUUCGAGUGAAUUGUAUGGAUUGUUUGGAUCGUACAAAUGUUGUUCAAACUGCAAUGGGCCGUGCCGUUAUGGAAUCGCAGCUGGUUAAAGUGGGACUGAUGCCUCCAUAUUCACAAGUUCCUGAUCAAUUGAAAAUACCUUUUAUGUUGCUGUGGGCAAAUAACGGAGAUAUAAUUAGCCGUCAAUAUGCCGGUACAAAUGCUUUGAAGGGAGAUUAUACGAGAACGGGAGAACGAAAUUUAGCUGGAUUGGUCAAAGAUGGAAUGAAUUCAGCUAAUCGCUAUAUAAUUCAAAAUUUCUAUGAUACAUUUCGUCAGAGCAUGAUCGAUUUGAUGCAAGGCAAUAUUACGCGAAGAGAUGAGCUUCAAUUUAAUGAAACUCUCAAAGUGUUGGCGUCAAUAGCUGAAUCUCCUAUUGAAAUGUCUAAUUUUUAUCAUUAUGGAGCAUUAAACAAUGAACUUCAAUUGACUGAAUCAAUUCUUAAAUCAACAAGCUACUAUCUAGCACGAUUUAAGGACUCUUUUCGACAAGAUACAAUUGACGUAAUGCUUGGGAAUCCUGUUUCAACGGAAUCAUUGUUAAAUAUGGACACUCAAAAUCUAAUUGAAGAAGAUGUCACAGAGGCCUCUGAGGCGUGUGAUCAUGCACGUCAGUUGGUUGAAGACUGUCGACGCAUGCUUCUUGGUUUAACUGAAUUACCAAUGGGAUCAUGGGGUCUCAUUAAUGCUGAUCCAAUGUAUGAUACGGGAGACGUCAAUGAGACAGAGGUUGAUACAAUUUUGCUCCUCACGGCUGAAUGCUAUUUAAUCGCUGAAUAUGAUUCAAAUAUGGACAAAGUUGUUCGAUUUGAGAAAGUUGCACUUGAAAACAUCACAGAAAUUGAAUUGGGCUGGUACCAGCAUUCGAAAAUCUUUCAAAUUACCCCAACACCAAAUUUUUGCCUUCGAAUCAGCUAUUCCGUGGAUGGAAUCGAUCAAUUUUAUCACAUGUUACGAUCAGCAUCAUUACGAUUCUUCAACACCGUUGCAGUUGUUAUAAAAACACAGGAAGAGAUCAUAGAAUCUUUGGCUGCUAUUGUGGACUGUUUUCGAAUGGCGUUGGAAAACUGCGGAAAUGAUCAUGUCAAAUUCACAAGUGGUGGCCAGAUAAAGCGCAGAAAGAGUCGAACGCACACACUAGACAUUCCAAAUGGAAUGCAACGGAAUUUAUCUGAGUCACAACUCGUACAAGCUGGAUCGAAAGCGGUUAGCAAUGUUGCUGAACAGUUCUCCAAACUAGGUCAUACAUUCAAUCCGAAAAUUUUGACGGGAAAGAAAAACAUUCCGGCAAGCAAUAGUACCGUGUCUUCGGCCGACGAGGUAUCCGCGGCAAAAUAUACCGUGCAAGUGGUACAUGAUGACAGUAUAUGCAGUAAUGCAGAAAACAGUGUAAUAGAUUCGACUAUCGUAUGCGAGUCCUCAAGCAAAUAUAACGAUAAUUCAUUCCUACAAAGUGUUGGAAUUGUUAUGGUCGAUGCAGCCGAAAUGGCAGAAACACAAAACCAAUCAGAGAUACGCAAGCCGAGCAAUAAUAAAAACUUAGAAAAUGUAGCUCGCAUCUCAAUUUCUUCGGUGACUGAUAACGUAAAACUACCACCAGAGAUGCUUGAAAUAAAAGAUAUAUCGGACAAAUCACCCGCAACACCUGAAAUUAACGUCCAAGAAACUGACGACAAAUACGAGAAGAAUAAUGGGUUGAAAAUGUGUCACAGUUUCGCUGAUAUGAGAAGUAGUGAUUCAACAUUUGGUGAAGACCUUUCAAGUGGUUUGUCGGCUAAUCGAGACUUGAAACUACAUCUGCCUAACUCACAAAGUGAAAAUGCUAUAAAGCAGUUGAAGACACUAACAAGUCCACUAUCAAAAUUUGCUGCCAAUCUUGGCAGUGCCCUGGACCCCCGAAAAUAUGGAUCGAAGACGAGCAUAAGCGAGACGCAACCCGAUCCUUUGGAAAAAGAAAAAUUGCAAGAAAAAUGGGAGGCAAGCAAUUGUAAAACGAAAUUAAUAGCAUUAUAAGCGAUGUAUAUUGUGAGCACUGCAAUGACCACUUAUUUUUUCGAUAUAGCGAUUUAUAGUCAAUUCAGAUAAAUUUAAACUCGACAGUAUCAUUCUAACACGCAUUUUUGUGAGUAAACGAAAAAGAAACAAAACCAUUUAUCAUUUGCUUACAUCGCAUUCGAAAUUAUUAAGGUACCUGAGCUAGAUAGUACUGAUUUAUUACGAUGUGAUCAGAGUUGAGAUUUCCAUUUUUCAGCUUUGCUCUUGGUAUGCUUUACUUUAAAAAUUCUGGAUUAGCCCGCGUGUGGAAAAACAAUAAGAUUGCAUAGAAGAUUUGUAGAUGGAGAUUGAUGAACUGUGGAUAUUUUAUCUCAGGUCUUGAGGGAACAGAUUUUAUGAUUUUUGUACAUGCCUCGGGGCUCAUAGAUAAUCGCUUAUAGUGUUGAGUGCGUUCAGAGUUAUAAAUCAAAUUUAUACAAAUAUUGUGGGUUGACAUAGCAAAACCAAUAACUAAAAGUGUACAUUCAGCACUUCCUGUCUUGGUCAUUUACGAAUACGAUGCACGCUAAUAUGAAUUAGUGGAGACGAAAAUCAGAUUUCAAAUCUAUAUCUUAUUUUCAUCUUCACUAAUUCCGAUGUCACAACUUGUGUGGAAUCAAUCAUAUUAAACGCCAUUUAAGUCAUGAUGUUUUUGUUCAAAUGUAUUCAAUUCGAACGCUUGAAAAACGUUCAACAAUCUUAGCCUAUGUAGUAUUAUUAGUUCAUAUUUCAUGCGCUUGGAGGCGCCAACAUCAUGGCAAAUGCUCAAGUAUAUAAUUGCAUACAUUACAACAUUGUGAGUCUACAAAUUCAUAUUUGAUAAGACGCAAAAGAACGUAUGUUUUUCGACUCCAAAUAUGAAUAGAGAAAGUAUGCAUUCGCGUUUAUUUUAUUUACUCA